UGGGCCGCGAGGAAGUCGCAAGAUGGCUGAUGUCGCUUGGAAGUAAUGUUCCCCUCUGCAACAUGAAGCCGUGAGUGUGGAAGAAAGCGAGGGAGGCACCAUCGGGCUUUUAUUUUUAUUUUAUUUUAGUUACUUUUCUUUUAUUUCGUCAAACAUCCAUCUCAUUCCGCGUCGUGUCCACCCCGGGCUUGUCUUCGGGAGUUGACGCGUCAAAUCACGCCGGGGACCCUGCCAGCAGCUAACAGCUAGCAAAUGUUAGGACAGCUAGCCAGUCAGACAGGCACACAGCUUGUUAGUUUGUUUUAAAUUGAUAUCCGUGAUACCUCCGAGCCAGCAAGCUACUGCUAAACACGUGCUGAAAUUUGCCUGAGGUAGCGCAGAAUAAAUGUCAGAUAUUUUAGCUGUCGGAUAUAAAUAACGAUUUUGCAAGCUGCUCGGUUUAACAUCAUGUCCGCGAACUGGCCAUCCAGCCUGUGGGAUGCUAACUAAUGCGCAGUAUUGCAUCUGUUUCAUGUGCACAAACCAGCAGGAUAAAUAGUUUGUAGGCAUUUCUCAAUAAUAUCAUAACCUUGCUGCAUUUCCGUUAUUUGCUGCCAAUUGCAUUUUAAACCGGUUAUGUUACAGCCAAAUUAUGGGAGCAGGAAAUAUGUUGAACUUUUUCGAGUUGUAGGUAGCUACACUGGCCUUGCUGGCAUCUAACCAAAAAUCCACAGGGAUGGACACUAAACUGAGCACCCACGACCAAAACUGAGAAAGUGGCAUUUUCGAUAUCUCGUACUAGGUAACGACAGCUGACACACUCGUACAGCGAGGCGAGGUGACUCAUUUCACUAGUCUGGGUGACAGAUAAGUUGAUUUGCAGGGUUAACUAAACUACAGUUAGUCACUACAUCGGAGACCAGUUAGCUUGCUGAAGUGCAUAGCUAGCUGCUGUCUCGCCCCACAUCACAUUACAAACACGGCGUACAGAACGUAUUCAGAGCCCGCUCCCGGCCAGACACACAGGCUCAACAACACCGUCAUGGGAGUGCAGGGUUUUCAAGAGUAUUUAGAGAAGCGGUGUCCCGGGGCCGCAGUCCCGGUGGACCUCCUGAAGCUUGCCCGAACCGCGGCCCGCCAGCCCCCUCACCACCAUCACCCACACCACCACCCACAUCACCCCGGGCCCAUGCCUCCCCCGCCCCCGCCUGCCAGGAUCCUAAUCGACGCUGACUCCGGCCUGCAGCGCCUCUACGGCGGCUACCAGACGGACUGGGUGUGCGGGGGCGAGUGGAACGCUAUGCUGGGCUACCUGGCUGCCCUGUCACAGGCGUGCCUGUACCAGGGUGGCCUGGAGCUGGUCGUGGUUUUCAACGGCACACUGGGGAAGGAGCGUUGGCCCGAGUGGGCGCGGCGAGCUCAGGGCCAGCGACAAACGGCGCAGCUGAUAGUCAACCACGUCGGCAGCAAGGCCACCCCGCCUCCACGGGCAUGGUUCCUGCCCCCGGCCUGCCUCAGCCACUGCGUCCGCCUCGCCAUGUUCCGCUUCCGAGUGCGGGUUGUACAGACUUUGGAGGACCACCACCAGGAAGUGCUGUCUCUGUACAGGGACUUUGGAUUUGCUGGCCUGAUUGCUCAGGAUUCAGAGUUUGCUCUCUGCAACGUACCCGCCUACUUCUCGUCGCACGCACUCAAACUGAGCUGGAACGGCAAGAACCUGACCACACAUCAGUACCUGCUGUCUGAGGCCGCCAGGCAGCUCGGGCUCAAGACACAGCACCUGCCCUGCUUCGCUGCUCUGCUCGGAAAUCAUAUUCUGCCUGAUGAGGACCUGGCUGCCUUCCACUGGAGUCUGCUGGGACCAGAACACCCACUAGCUUCUCUCAAGGUGCGAGCCCAUCAGUUGGUGCUGCCGCCCUGCGAGGUGGUGAUCAAGGCCGUCUCGGAGUACGUCUCCUCCAUCAAAGACCUGGGAAACCUCGACGUCAUCGCCAGAGAUGUCUUCAAACAGUCACAGUCCCGUAUGGAGGACAAGGUGGAGCGAUUCAAGAAAGCUGUGGAGUAUUUCUCAGCUGCCUCCAAACCUCGCUCGCCCAACAUGGGGCCCUCCUCUUUCAUCUUACCUGGGUAUGGGCCCAAUCCAUUUGGGGGACCACCUGGCCACAUGGGACCGAUGCAGCUUGGAAAGAAUCAGAACCCACCGCUGCCUUCCCAAGACUGCAACGAUUCACUGACGAGCAAGAUGGGCUUCACUGAUUGGUCGGCUCCAUAUGAUUCCACUCAGGGGGGAAGUCGAUUACCCAAUCAUCACACCAGCACCCAGUCUGGUCCCUCUCCGUCUCCUUCCUCGUCAUCAGAUGGAGAUGAACCCAACGACAGCAACGCAAACCAUUUGACGGACAAGCCCUCUCGGUGGGAAGAUCCUGCUGGAAGAGGGGGCUCGGCCUCUGGAGACGGUUCCCAAGGCAACGGGAGCGGGUCACACAUUCCCUCACUGUUGUCUAUGGCGACGCGGAGUCACAUGGACAUAACCACGCCCCCUCUGCCUCAGGUUAGCGCUGAGGUUCUUCGUGUAGCCGAGCACAGGCACCGAAGAGGGCUGAUGUACCCCCAGAUUUUCCACAUAUUGACCAAGGGAGAGAUGAAGAUGCCAGUGUGUAUAGAGGACGAGUGUAACUCUGAGCUCCCGCCUGCCUCUCUGCUGUUCCGUGCUGCCAGACAGUAUGCCUACGGCGUCCUCUUCAGUCUGGCUGAAACACACCGCCGCCUGGAGAGACUCGCUCUCCGCAAGAGGGCUCCCCUGGAAGUUCCUCCAGUGAUUGUCAAAGAGUGGAGCAGCGGUAAAGCCAAGUCAGCCCUGACUCCGGAGCUGGUUCCGGCCCUGUGUUUCCGGGAGUGGACCUGUCCCAACCUGCGGCGGCUGUGGUUGGGUCGUGCCAGCGAGGACCGCUCCAGGAGAACCAGGGCCUUCCUGGCCUGUCUACGCUCUGACUGCCCAGCCCUCCUCAACCCAGCACAGGUCCCACAGCAUCUGCUGCUUAUGUGCUGCGUGCUCAGGUAUAUGAUGCAGUGGCCCGGGGGAAGGAUCCUCCAGAGACAUGAGCUAGAUGCCUUUCUGGCUCAGGCUGUUUCCAGCCAGCUCUACGAACCCGACCAGCUGCAGGAGCUCAAGGUGGAGAAGGUGGAUGCCCGAGGUGUGCAGCUUGCUUCCCUCUUUAUGGCCGGCGUUGACACAGCGCUGUUCAUCAAUGAUGUGUGCGGCCAGCCGUUACCAUGGGAACACUGCUGCCCCUGGGGUUUCUUUGACGGCAAACUGUUCCAGAGCAAACUGGCCCGGGCCGCCCGCGACCGGGCAGCCCUGCUAGACAUGUGUGAAGGGCAGGAGGAGCUGGUGUCCAAGGUCGAGAAGAUGCGUCAGGCAAUCCUCGAAGGCAUCAACCUGUCCCGCCCUCCUCCUCCUCCCCCUCCACUUCCACCUCCUGCCUUCCUCCCCCCCACCAUGAUGCCCCCUUUCUACCCCAUGCCUCCACUCUACCCACCUCGCCCCAUGGGCGGCAUGCCACCUCAUCAUCACCCACAUCAUCCACAUCACCCAGCCCAGCACAGACCCAGAGCCUUCCCAGGCAUUCAGUCCAUCCCCCCUCAGGGAGGAAAACUGGAGAUAGCGGGCAUGGUUGUUGGCCAGUGGGCUGGGAACAAACCAAUCCGUGGGAGAGGGGGUUUCAACAUGCAGGUGGUGUCAGUGGGAGCAGGAAGAGGGAGAGGAAAAGAGAUUCCCGCAAAAGUAAGGGGAGUGAAAAAGGCACCUGCCAACAGAACACAGACGUCGCCACCCCCCCCAUCUAGCAGUCCCCCAAAGCCCUCAGAGGAGGCGGGCUCCACGCCAGAGGUUGCGACUCAGCAGCUGAACGGCAGCUCAGCAGCCUCCGCCAUCGGCCAGCCCUUGGAGCUGGCCUCCCUGGCCCAGCCAAUCCCUUGUGCCUUAGCCAGCAGAGACAACCAAUCAGAGGGGGUGGAAGUGGAGGCCCCCUGUUGCCUUGACGACUGCCCGUCAGACGGAGCACUACAGAAAGAGGAGUGAUGGCGUCCUUCGCCGGAUGCACUGCUCUGAGAGAGUUCUCUGUGUUCGACUGCCUUUCCCCUGUUUUUGUAGCCCUGUCUGCUAGCUGUGCACAUUAUCACAUGGAGCAGGACGUGAAAUGAGGCUCCUCCUCCUCUUCUCUGCUGCUCCAUGUGAUAGACUAAAGCAGUUAGCUGUUACUUCCUUUUUAGUUUUCUCAUGUGGUUUUACAUUGUUUUACGAAGAGAGGUUUUCUCCAUGAGUCUGUAAGCGCCCCACCCCUCAAAAAAUCCUAAAUGCCUCCCUCCCCACACUCAGAGUAAAAUAAGCUUCAAGCCCCCACCCCCCAUUAUGACCCACCACUUAAACAAGCCCCUUCUUACGUAUGGGUAUCAGUACAGUUUUUUUAUUUUGUGUUUUUAAUUGUCCCAUUGUUUGAAUCUCUGCACACAGAUGUUAAGCUUGCAGUGGAUGUGGUUUCCAUGGUUCACAGCAUCUAGGCCUGGUCGCCAUGGUCGGCGGUUGUGUGUUGAUGUUUGUUGCCAGCUCGUGUGAGGUUUCUCUUGCAUGAGUUCAGAGAGGUGUUCAGAGUUUGACUCUGGAUAUGUGGGAAAAAUGUUAACAAAGUGAUGUACCAUUCUUCUGUGCAGUCCCCCUUGUCUCCCAAACUCUAGCAGCACUGCUAAACACACUGUUUGUAUACAAACUAGCAACAAACACCCUUUUAUUGAUUGAUUUGUUAUCUAUCACAGGAGCACUUCUGCACCACCAUGGUAUUAGCGUGCUAUCUUACUUUGACCAAUGUAGCAUAGCCUAUUGCUUAGCUGUGGUAAGAGACCCCAUGGAUUUAUGCACCUUAUGCUCCAAAGUAUGCAAGAUAAUAUCCCACUCCUCAAAAGAAAAAGUGCAUUAUUAUAUUCUCUCCCCUUCUCCCUUGUCCCCUUCUCCCGAAGCUUUGAUUGUAUUUUCCCAACAGAAGCACUUAAUGUUGUAUUUAAAUAUAAUGAAUUUGAAACAAGCCCCCAUACAGGUGAAUUUGACAGUCUGUUAGGGGUGCCCCCCUACGCAUAAGUAAAUGAUAAUGACUUGUAGAACUACAUUUAAAGGUAGAGAUCUAUUUGAGAGACGUCAGAAUGUGAACAGAGUGGUUUCAAACAAAGAAGCACUUUGUUUUAAAAAUGUUAAACCACACUGGACAGUCCUCUACCAGGUGAUAAAGAAAUAAAAAAAACUCUGAGGCAACUUCUGGAGUUAAGGCCAAAAAGGAAAAAAUAAUGCUGCCCAGCAAAAGAUGGAAAUGAAUGAUGAGAAUUUGGGUAACUGCUGCUAGGCAGAGUUCCCUUCAGACUGGCCUCACGUUCAAUCAAGAACUUUGCAAUGAAGCUGAAAAGACUCCUGAUUUUCCAAAUCAAGGAUUCCUGGGAAUCUUUUCAGAUUUCUAAAAAGUUUAUUUCCAAAGUGUAUUUUAAUAAGGCUAGCCGACUGAGGCAGCCAGUGAUAUGAAAGAGGUGUGGCAACAAUGCAUCAAAGAUCCCUCCACCCGUCUGGUGGCGAUUGAGCAACUGUUGUCAUGACAAUAGCCCAACACUAAGAGCUGUUGCCCCGCAGAGCUCUGGUGUGUCACUUUAGACCAGCAGGAAGCACUUCCCUGCCCUGAAGCACCUCAGCCGAACACGGCAGAGGCUUUAUGGGUUGGAUCACAUGUGACAGGAGAGAGAGAGGCCUCACGGCGGACCUGAGUGUACCGCUCAUAAUCUGAGACUUCUAAGAAAAUGAAUUGUUUUAUUAGAGCGCUUAUGUUUGUAGAGAAUGAGAUGUGUCCCCCAUAGUAGAUUUCAUCUGACUACAGAAAUACAACUUACCAGUUUCUGGUAGCACAACCGCAAAUGUAAAAGCAGUAAGACCGACGGAUAACUGCCUGAGAGAUGCUGGCCUUGAACAUUGUAAUCUCUGUAAACUUACUAAGAGAGGUUGAAAUGAGCUCACUAUGUUUAAAAAAAGGCAAGUCAACAAGAAGCACCUUAUUUUCUUACUAUGUUGAUGACUUGUGCUCUAUCGUGUGCCACAAAAUUGACAUGGAAAAAGCUCUUAUGAAAUGCCAUUUUGAAGGACAAACCCUGACUAUAUAUGUAAGUGUUAAUGUAGUCGUGUCAGACAUCCCCUCAGUUAUGAACUCAACCAUUUACAGUGAAACGCUGACAGUUGUCCCAGCCAUGAGCGUAGGCCUACGCUCAUCAUCACAGGUCUGGGCCGCGCCGCCGUCUCUUACACCAUCACCAAAUAAAAUCAGAGGUUCAGACUUGUUAACCGUUAUUGGUAGGGAGUAAGCAUACGAGUGCUGUAGGUGUUUAUAGGUUAAGAGUAGGUAACAGCGUCGGGCUUAACACAGGACUGUAAUACAGACACAAAGACUAGGCUAGAGAAUAUAGCUCCACUGGCCGAAAUACUAAGUCUAGAAUUACUAGGAGUCAUAUACUUAACUGCUUUCAACUUUUGACAUUAGUACAAAUAUGUGUAUCGCAACAGUACAUUGUUAGAAGAUGGCUUUUCUGCGGCGAGCCAGAGUGUGAUGUGGUAUAUGAUGCCCUCUCUCGAUUUGCUCGCCAGAUUAACAGUUAUAAACACACACACAUACAAACACACACACACACACACACGGCAAGACAGGUAAUCAGUUGCAUUUGUUACCAGCAGCAUUCUCUCUGCUUUUGUGCUGAAGUGAUUUUGUGCAGUUUCAGUUCCCAGUGGAGUGGUCGUCAGUUCAUCAGAGAUCAUUUUGGUAACACAUUCUGCUGACUAAAAAAAAUAAAUAAUCCCACAUUUUCUCAAGUUUGCAUGGACGGAUUAAAAGUACAUGUUAAAGAGGUGUCGGGUACAGGCACACAGACAACCACGUUAUACACAUACACACACAACACAUGAACACAGAAACACACACAGAUACAUAGAUGUUAAACCCUGAGUUACACAGUAGCUAGUAUGGAAAAAAAAGUCAACACAAUACAUGAUGUAGUGUCCCUCUCUUGUCCUUGUCUGUUUUAGUUCAAUAGAUAUUUGAUCAGUGAUUUUUAUGCUCGUUAUCCUAACACCCCCCUUCCGCCUGCUAUGACACUUUCCCCCGCCGCCUCUCCUCUCUACACACACCCCCAAAACUGUUCAUUCACUUCUUUUCUCCACCCCCCCCCCUAAAAUCUUCCUCAUAAGAGUACAUGCAUCCAUCCACUCACACACACACACUCAACCAUGCCCACUGAUUCUCAUUAAAAGCAGUCUCACACACAAAUACACUCAGAUAUUUUACAGACAGGUUACCCCUCCAGCCCCCGUAUCUCAGUUCUCUCUUUCACCUUUGUCACAUCCCUCUCUGCCUCUCCUUUAGCCCUUAGGACCGUUUAUAUUGGCCUGUUUUUUUUGUUUUAUUUUCUCUUUGGGCUGCCCCGCCCCUUAAUCAACCCAACUAACAGUAAAGGUUAUAUUAACGUUGAUAAUCAGUUUCUGUAUGUAUCUAGCCAGAGUCUGGAAAAAAAUCAGAAAAAAAAAAUCAAAACGGUUUUAUUCAAUUGUGCAAAUGUGUUUUUCUUACUAUUUUUAAUGUUAUUACAUCUUCUAAUCUAAUCCUUCUACCAUUGCUUCAGUUAGUACUGAAAUACGCUUAGCCAACCUAGAGAUUUGAACUGUAAUGAUUGCAUUUUUCCUUACCUGUAUUUUAUAUGGCAUCUUUAGACCACCGUUUAUUAUGUACGUAAGUAAAUAUUGCCCGUUUUAUGAAUUGAAAAUUGUCGUCUGCACUAUGUAUUAUGAUUCUCAUAAUAUCCCUGAUAACAAUUUUGUGGUCGACUCAUUAUUAAUCUAAGCUGAACUCUGCGCCCUUGCACAAAGCAGCAAAACAUCUCUUGUCAACACCUGAGAACCAAAGUACACCUAGCUUCUCCUUAUAAAGCCCCCCGUUACCCCCCAGCGUUGAUGGUUUGCCCCCGAGUAACACGUUUUCUGAUGAGUAUGAUUAUAUAUAUAUAUAAUGACAUUACAGCAUGUGUGAUUUAUCUGACAAGUCUGUGAGGUAACGGUGUUUUUACACUGUGGUUUUCGUGGAGACGCAGACAGACAGGGAAGAAGGAAGGUAGUGUGUUUGUGUGGACAGUGAGUAAGUGAGCGGGGUAGUUAGGUUUAGACAUGUGACCAUGUGUUUAGGCAUUGUUGGUGAAUUCACUACUCCUGUUUCUCGCUCACGCUCAGUUUUAACUUCUUAAUUGACUGAAUUUAGGCUGUGUGAACCACCGCACGCUCUGACUUCUGAUCUACACUAAAACACAGGACGAACGACACCUGAUCUUUCACUCGUGCUGGGGUUUUGGCGCCCUCUUUAGCAUUUUUCUUACAUGUAAUUGUUGUGCUCUCUCAAACUUGCCUUUAACUUCCCAGACUCAGAUUGAUAGAUCACCUUCUUACCAUGCUGAGUCUCUUCAGAUGUGGACAUGGAGGCUGUUGAAAGUGGCUGAAUUUUCCUCAAAACACAAAUCUGAGAUUCGUUGGCCUCCCAAUAUAGAUGUCAUAAAAUGUGGAUUGCAAAAAUUUACAUUUUUACCUGUAUGGUAAAGAAAUUUGUAAAGAUGGUUAAAUAAAUAGAUAAGAGAGAAAUUAAUUGAUUCAUCUGCUCGAAACAAGCUGUACUUCCAGCUUUUCAGUUGGUAGCAUUUCUUUUUAGAGCUGCAGCCAUUAGUCUAUUAAUCGAUUUAUUCUAGUGACAAAAUAUUUAUUUUCGUCAUUUUCACAAGCAAAAAUGCCAAACAUUUGCUGGUUCCAGCACCUGAAAUGGGAGAAUUUUAUGCUUUUCUUUGCCAUAUGUGAGCAUAAACUAAAUAUUUGGGUUAUAGACUGUUAUGGUUAAAUCAAACAAGCUAUUUGAAUCCAUCACCCUGGGCUUCAGGAAUUUUUGAUGGACUUUUUAUAGACCAAACUAUUUAUCAGGUAAUAAAAAAAACGAUGUAAACAUUAAUCGGUAAUGUAGAUAAUUAUGGCAGCCCUAAAAGAUAAUACUACAGAGUUCUUGUCAACAAAUUACAAUCCAUGACUUAGAGCCUUGUUUUAUAAUCCAUAAAAAUUGAAUUCUGAUUAAUUUCCAUUUUCUUGUCUAAGGCAAGAGGAAGGUGUAACUGCAAAAAAAUCUCAGCUGAUGUGUAGCAAGGAAAAUUCACCCCCUCUGUGACUGGUGAAAUAAUAAAAGCACCCUGCCUCUCUGCCUGCGCAAAUGGGAGCAUCUCUGAAGAGCUUGACAAUGUAAAGAGAACCAAAAGUCCCAGAACAGAAAUGUACUAUGUAGUGUUGUAGACAUCAAACAGUAUUAUUGUCUGUCAUACAGAAGGUGGAAAGAACUCAUCAGUUGUGUUGUACCUGUUCUGAUCUAUUUGCAGGGUUCUCACAGCAUUUUGUCCAGUUUGAAUAAAGGUCCCUAUUCUGUCUGUCUCUCUCUACACUGCCACUCCCCUCCUCAAAAGUCCUCCAAGCUCCAGUAUAAUUCCCCCCCCCCUCCCCUAUUGCUGAGUCCAAGUAAAGGGCUCAAGUUGAUCAUUGUGGGCCGUUUCUUGACAUCUUUGUCAGUGAUGCCCUCAGCCACAAGUGUACCAAUGCAUGUACUUUACCACCCAGGGCCUGCCCCCAAAACUACCUGUGCAGCGAAAAUGGUUAAAAAUCUAUCCAUAAUAUUAUUGUUAUAGAAAUAUUAUCAUCAUCAUUAUUGCUGUUAUAAUUAUGGUUGGUAUAAUUUGUCAUCGUUAGCAUUAUGGAAGCACCAGACCGUUAGUGGAAAGAUGAGAAAAAGAAAGGCUUUUUAAUUUUUAUUUUUUUUUAUUUUGUCUGGCUGUUGGUGGUCUGAUCUCACAGAGGGAGGGGAGGAAUGGUUCAGAAAGAGACAAAGAUGGCAGUCAUGUUUGUACUGGUUGGGAAAUGACUUACAGUGCUGAAAUAAAAUUUAUUCUUUUAGUAAAAAAAGUA